AUGAGCAACCUUGAGAGUGAAAGUCUAUUUCAGCUCAAGUUCACUGCCAAGACACUCAACAGGCAGUCUAAGAAGGCUCAGAAAGAUGAGAAUACGGAGAAGGCAAAGCUGAAAAAGGCUCUGCAACAGGGUAACACCGAUGGCGCAAGGAUCUAUGCGUCUAAUGCGAUUAGAAAGAAGAAUGAAGCAUUGAACUUACUGAGGCUUGCGAGCCGCAUCGAUGCCGUUGCGUCUCGCGUCGAAACUGCGGUUACUAUGAAGCAGGUGACCGGGAAUAUGACAUCAGUGGUGAAGAGCAUGGACAAAGCUGUGGAGAGUAUGAAUCUUGAGAGGAUUUCCCUUGUGAUGGACAAAUUCGAGUCCCAAUUCGCCGAUUUGGAUGUCCAAACUUCGUAUAUGGAAGACACAAUGCAGUCUACUACUGCCGUUUCAACACCCCAAGACCAAAUUGACACACUCAUGUCUCAAAUGGCGGACGAGGCGAAUAUCGAGUUGGAGCAAGAUAUGCGUACAGAUCAGAAAGUUCCAGACCUUGCUGAGAACAAGACCGUUGUUCGAGAGGAGGAUGAUCAACUAGCUGAGCGCCUGAGGGCUCUACGACCAGCAACAUAA